AACGAUUUCGAGGUGGACGUUGAUUACUCAUUCGCCAAUGUUGUUCAGUUUAUAAAAAGAUAAUUAAUAUUAACAACAAAAAUAAACACUAGAUAGUGUACAUCUAUAAACUGUGUCUGUUUUAUGGCAAACUAGCUCAAAAUGCAUCGCCGCCGCGGACCGAACUUCACUUACGUGAGCGGAUGUGUAAAAUAUAUGAUUUUUGUAUUGAAUUUUAUAUUUUGGUUAUUUGGAGGUCUGCUGAUCGCUGUAGGACUUUAUGCAUUCAUCGAUAAAUGGCAGGCAACUGGAUUAAUUAAACUGGAUACCGUAUACGAUGUAAUGCUGAACAUAAGCUUGCUGAUCGCGCUGCUAGGGGGCGUGGUUUUCGUCGUCAGCUUCGCUGGAUGCGUCGGCGCAUUGAGAGAGAACACUUGUCUGCUUAAGUUUUACUCCCUCUGCCUGCUGAUCCUGUUUCUAGUCGAAAUGGGCGGGGCUGUGUGCGGCUUCGUGUUUCCCCGCUCUCUCCACGGACUUCUAGAGUUGAGCUUCACGGAACGCGUCGUGCACGCGUAUAGAGAUGACCCGGAUUUGCAAAAUUUUAUCGACUUUGCACAGAGCGAUUUCCACUGCUGCGGCCUUACCUCAGACGGCUACAUGGACUGGUCUAAGAACGAGUACUUCAACUGUUCCUCUCCAUCCGUGGAGCGAUGCGGAGUGCCCUUCUCAUGCUGCAUCAACGCCACCGAUAUAUCCUCAGGACUUGUCAAUAUCAUGUGCGGUUAUGGUGUGCAGAACUACCCGGUGGCCGAAGCAAGCAAACGCGUCUGGACGAGCGGUUGCAUAGAGAUCGUGCGAUCCUGGGCCGAGCGCAAUCUGUACACUAUAGCGUCGGUAGCGCUUGGAGUUGCGUUGUCGCAGCUCUUCGUCAUCUACCUCGCUAAGACUUUGGAGGGACAGAUAGAGUUGCAGAAAGCUAGAUGGCAGACAUGAAACAGGGGCACCCUGGGCGCCUACCGCGACGAGUGUCGCCGCGCGCUGCUGUAGCACGCGCCGCGCUCGGGGCCCACGCCCCACGCGCUGCACAUCUGAGCCACUCAACCACUGAGUCAGGGGACAGAGUGACUACACAUGUGCAGUGUCCAAGACUUGAAACAAACUUCUAAGUGUCAGUGUAUUGUGUCAGUGUUAAUGUGCCAUCUACUGUGACGUUUAACCGACUUCAAAAAUAGUGGUGUGUUUGACAGUGUGAAUAGUGUGAACUUUGGAAUGUGCCAUCAAGUUUCAAAGUGGUUGCAAUGUCAUCAUGUGCCAUAGUGAUGAAUUUUAUGAUUGUGGGGAGUUUUACUUAUUUUUUUUUUUUAUGGAAAUAACUGGUUAUCUGUAGGGUAGGUGAAAAAUAAAUAAGUAAUGUUAAAAAAAAAUCAACUGUUAGUCUAAGUAAGUCAUUUAAAUAUCAAUAUGUAAUUAAGCAAAGAAAGACAAAAACAGCUCUCAAUUUAGCCAGUUAUCUAUAUUGCCAGUGUACAAAAAAACUGCCACAUCAAAAAAAUAAGUAAAAUUCUUCCAAAAAACUGAAUCUCAGGACAAUUUUGGAAUUGCAUUUCGUACUAUCACGCCAAUACCUUAGGUAGGCGGAUCUCUGCGAGCUUUUUGAAAAAAAUACAUAAUUGUUAAAAUGUAAUAUUUAUAAUUAUAUGUUUGCCAAUUUCCAAUGUUAAUUAUUAUCUGUAGUUUGUAAGUUAUGUGUUUUUGUAUUGUAUUAGUGGAACUUUUUGGUAGAAUUAUAUUUUUAGUGACUGGUCACACUCAACUGUGUUGCCAAUUAAAAAAAAAAAAACACUGAAAAGUUCUACUCAUAAAAUCACAGUAUAAAUAAAAACAUGAUGUAUUGAAAAUGUUUAAUUACUUGCAUUUAUAAAGGACUGUAUAUAAGGCGUAAUUAUAAUUAAUAAUGGGACGUGCCCAUGUUAUGAAUGUAAUUCUCAAUCACAAGGUAUCAAUAUAGGACAGAUACUGAUAUUAAUGUUGUUAUGUAGAUAAAUACUACUAUAAUAAAGCAAAAGAAUUUAGUUUGCUUGAACGCACCUUUCUCAAAAACCACUGGGCCGAUUUGAAAAAAUCUUGUUGGAUCCUUCCAAUGUAAUUUUUUUUCAAGUAUAUGAUAGCGUCAACAUAUAAUAUGUUUCUCUCUCCGUGCAAUGUGGUAUAGCCGUUUUCAGUAUAAUAUCAGUAUCUGUCUUAUAGUGAUACAUAAUAAGUAUGUAAUUGAUUAAUAAAAAUAGUGUAAUUAUAAUUAAUAUGUGUCGUAAAAAUCUUCCUUUUGUAAUUAUUAAGUAGGAAAAUAUCUAAAUUGUGAUAGUUUUUUUUCCUAAAUUCCAUUUUCUAAAAAUCGUUUUUACUGACUAUUGCAAGUAAUGAAAAAAAAAAGAUAAUUCACUUUGGCUCUAGACAGACCGACCGCAUUUAAACUGCAAUUUCACAAGCAGGACCAAGGUAUCAAGGUGUUCUCCGAUGCACGGGUGAAAUAAUCACCCAACUUCGAGACUACGGACUCCGGAUUUCACUACAAACCAAGGGGCAUUUUUAAGAGUCAACUCUCAACAAUAAUUACUUGCAUUAAUCAGUAAAUCGGUUUAUUGCCUAAAAAGGCAAAGUGCUCAAUUUUGACAAAAUAAAACUAAAUUCCGAGACUAAUCUCAAAAUGGCGUUGAUUUCAAAUAUUGUGCAAAGUAGACUGAGUUAAUUAUUAUUAGAGAAAUAAAUAAAAAUAUUGCGUUUUUAGGAAAUUGUGUGAGAAAUCUGCAUUAUUAUUUAGUUGUUUAGCACCAAAUUAUACAGGUAUUUAGGUGCAGUAAAAUUCAAAGUUUUCAAUAUUUUUUUUGAUUGUCACUAUCAUAAAAAAUCAGAUUUUUGACAAAAUUUUAGAUCUUGUUUUCAUUUGACGCUCAAUUUUUGUGUAGUUUAUGAACAACUACAAAAAUUCCACUGUGUCAAAUUUUAUUUUAUUUGUAUCAUCUGCUUAGCCUUUUCCCAACUAUGUCGGGGUCGGCUUCCAGUCUAACCAGAUGCAGCUGAGUCCCAAUUUUGUACAAAAAAAGUUAUUAGAGUAUACUAAAAUGAUAUUUACGAAGACAAUCAUAUUAAAAAAAAAAACUACAAAAAAAGUUCUUCCCUAUGAUCAUAUCAAAAAUUCCAUUUACUUCUGUUUAUUUGAAAAUGCAAUUAAUAUUUUAUUAUUUAAGCCAUUUAAUGUCAUAUCAUUUCAAUUUAGAUAUACGUAUAACAUACUAGGUGAGUAAACCCGCGUUCCGAAACGGCUAAUAUAUGAACAAAACUGUUCAGUGUAUUAUUGAAUUAUAUCUUCUAAGAAACGCAUUAAUUACAAAUAUGUUCAUUUUGUUCCUCCAAUUUAUUGGUAAGAAAUAUUGUAUUAUGAACAUUACUGCCAUUAACUGUUGAUUAGUCCACAAUUUGAAGUAUUUCACUGAUCAAUCAAUAGUUUCUAUAUAGAGCAAGAGCCAGCGACAACCAGACCUCUAUUAAUUUAUCUCAUCUCCCUAGCUUUUGCCGACUUUGUUGCUACCCGGGCAACCCAAUACCCCUAGGUAAGCCUGGUUGUCAGUCUUACUGGCUUCUUCAGACAGCCCGUAACAACUGCCAAAGAUGUUCAAUGACAGCCGGGACCUACAGUUUAACGUGCCAUCCGAAACACAGUCAUUGGUGUCCAAAAUUUACUUAGAAAGUACAUACAAACUUAGAAAAGUUGAAUUGGUGACUUGCAGACUUCUUAACUUUGUGAACUGGACUUUCUUGGACUGUUACAUUACCUAUUGAUUUCGAGGUCAAUUUUUUUCAGGGUAUUCGGCGAAGUUCGGUCGCCGAAUUGAGAACUUCCCCCUUUUUGGGAAGUCGGUUAAAAAUAAAGAUCUGGCUAUUGCUGGCUUCAGCUCUAAAAGUAUGAUAUAAGCAUUUAUUACAAACCACAUUGCAAUUUAUGAAGUAAUUAUAGUUCAAACAUUUCACAUAAUAGUAUAGUGCAAUAUUUUAUUUUUAAUAGUACAUUUAUAAGUUCUUUUUAAAGUGCCAGUUUUUCAAAGGUUUCUCAAUAGCAAGCUUUCAUUGUAUAAAAGUUAUUAAAUAAGUAAAUAAUGUAUUACACUUGUACUUGAAAAGGGGCGUCGAAACAGAUUGAAUCCAAGCAUUGUAUUUUUAUUUAAGGUUCCUUUACCACACAGGUAAAUGUAGGCGGACUCAUACCUCAACAUAUACAUUUUCAUAGAAUUUCUUUGCUCUUGGAUAAAUGAGUGAGCUGAGACAAGAUCGAAUAACGAAAUUCUAUUGUUUGUUUGAAAAAUUAUCCGCUCAAGCUUUGGUGAAGCCUAUAUCACAUUAUGGAAACUUAUAGGCUGAAGUAUGACGCCAUGUACCUUGCCUGUGUAGGAAGGGAAGCUGUAAUGUUCAAAUAUUAGUGUGAUAUUAAUACAUUAGGAUUUUCCUAUAUUGGUUCAGUUACAAAAAUAUGUACAUUGCCAAAAAACACUACGUUAUGAGACGAAAAAAUAUCCAAAAAAAUAUUGUUGAAUGAUAAAUUUUGAUUAAAUUGUAGUUGAAAUCUGAUACUGAUUGCUCUCAAUUUGGAAAUUAAAUGCUCAAUUUGUUUACAUUGAGUUGUAUCGAAUAUUUUUUAUUAUUUUACAUAUUUUUUUAAUCAACUACGACUACGGGCUACGACUUUCCAUAAAGAAUAAUUUUAAUGUGAUUUUUAAUUUUAAAUAUUGGGUAACUGACAAUUAAUUGAUACCCAUAUGAUUUUCAACUUUUUUAAACGCUCAAUAUUAACAAAAUAAUAGUACCUAAUUAGCUAGAGGAGGCCUUUGCCCGAAGGCACUCUGAAUUAAGGGAUACUAUUUAAAAACGAAUAACAAAUAACUUGUAAACAUAUGUAAAAAAUCAGAAAUAAAGGUUUAUUAUUAUAGUACCUAAUUAGUAAUGCAAUUGAUUUUUUUAAUUAUUCUUGGUUUUUCAUGGCAAUUGCCUUGCCCUUUCAUAUUGUUUUAUUCAAAAUAGUAGUAAAAUUUUUAUUCAUAAUUUUGUUUUCAAAAAUAUCGAUGUAAGUAUCAAGGUCUCAUUAUAGACUGUUUAUCUUUUAAAAGUGUUUAAAUAUAAAUGGAUUUAUAACCAAAUAUAAUCUAUAUGUCGUAUUUAGUUCGUAAGUUUAUAAACUUAUCGAUGUACAUAGGUAUUAGGGAUCUUAGUAUAUGUAUUAAAGUCAUUUCUAUGCAAAUAUUGCUAGGCGGGAUAUAUGGUCUAAAAAAAUAAUAUUAGGUUAUAUGUCUUAGGUAUUCCAAAAAUACUGUUACAGCCUUUUUUUAUCGUCCCACUGCUGGGCACAGGCCUCCUCUCACACGGAGAAGGAUUGAGCAUUAAUCACCACGCUUGCUCAAUGCGGGUUGGUGACUUCAGACUAUAUAGUCCAGGUUUCCUCAAGAUGUUUUCCUUCACCUUUUUAUCAGCUAAAAGUCGUGGUGGCCUAGUGGGCAAAGAACCAACCUCUCGAGUUUGAGGGCGUGGGUUCGAUUCCAGGUCACGCAAGUACCAAUGCAACUUUUUCUAAGUUUGUAUGUACUUUCUAAGUAUGUCUUGGACACCAAUGGCUGAUAAAAAGGUAUUCCAAAAAUAAGUGAAGAAAAUUACAAAUACAUAUAAUAUAAAAAUGCAAGUCCAGUUGCCCAGUUUGCAUAUAGUGAGUGCAGCUAUUGUACUAGAAAAGGUACAACAUUAUUAUUUCGCUGUUUACCUCUUUUUGUGGGAAAUUAUGAAAUACUCCUCCCGUUGUGGAUGCAGUGGGAGUCAGACUUCUACUGACUAAAAAUGUCUUACCCCUUUCCGAGUAAAAAAAUACAUUAAUAGUUCAAAUGCCUAUGUAUUCCGCCUAGCAAGUAUCAGUGAGUUAUAAUGCACAAUUCAAGUAAAAUGAUAUUUUGCGUAAUUUAAUAGCGAGAACUGAUAUAAAGACAUUAUUCUUGUACAUUGAAUACCAGUUGUCAAUGAUGUAAAAUAUAGAGAAUUAAAUCAACUGUAACCUGUAAA